AUGACCCGAUUCUUUUCUCCAGGAAGCUCGCGCGAGACCGUUCUAUUUGGUGGUCCAGAUCCCAAUCCAAAUCCGUUGAGUGGAUUCUCGAAAUCCGGUAUGCCUAAGAUGUCGAAAGAGCAGGUUACCCUUUCUGGUGGCUCAGGUUCUGGUGUUCUUGCCAGAGACUCACCCCCAAUUCGCUUGCACUUUCCUCCCAAUGAACUCACACUUAUGGAAGACAUCAAAAGAAGGGGUCUCGAUGAUGUGGUUUUUGAUGCCAUUGCUCUUCAAGAGCUUGGCGAUCAGCAUCAAGCCCAGGAUGACCAUGGCAUCACGCAUGAAGCAUUCCUAGUGGAUCUAGCGGUGCUUGAAGUCGGUAUUUCACGGUUCGUUCCUCUGAGCGGCGAUGAUCCGAUUAUUUUGCAACAACCAGUGGAAGAUCUCGACUUAAAGAAAGCUCUUUGCUAUCAACGCCUACAUUCAAAAUACUCACAGGAGUAUGUAAAAAGGCAGCGUCUCACCGAAAUUUUAGGUGUUGAAAUGAACAAACUUUGGACUGACUGGUAUGAUGACUGUCUUAGAGAAAUUGGUAACCGCUUUAGAAAGCUCGGUUAUUGUUGA